AGAAGAGAAAAAACCAAACCAUUCCAGACAGAUCUACCUCUACUGCAGAUCCUCCGCCGCCGCUGCCGCCGCCCGAUGAUGGCCGGCGCCGGCGAGCCCCGCCGCGUCGUCCUCCUCGUCGACGUCGACCCUCUCCUCCCCUUCCCAAAGGCGACUACCCCCGCCGCGCAGUCCGCCUCUCCCUACCUUGCCGCCGUCCUCCCCGCCGCCGCCUCCCUCCUCGCCGCCUCCAGCUCCCCGGCCUCCCUCUCCGCGGCGCGGCUCUUCUUCUCGUCCCUCUCCCCGAUCCUCUCCUCCUCCCUCCUCCCCAGGCCGCUCCCGGCCGCCCCGACCCCGCUCUCCUUCCACCUCCACACGGAGACUCUCAACUCCCUCGCGCCGCUCCGCCGCCUCGCGCUCCCUGCCUGCGCGCACCCCCAUGUAACCCCCUCCUCCUCCAUAGCCAAGUCCAUCCUCCAGCUCGAGCACGAUUACCCCUGGGACGCCGACCCCGAGCAAGGCCGCCGCGGCCGCCUCCGCGUCUUCGAGCAGACGCCCAAUUUGGUGGUCCUCUUCACUGCCGCCGCCGAAUUCGAGGAAUUCGGGGGAGAAUCGAACUUCGCGGGGAGAUUUCGAGGGGUUUUCAGGCCGGUGAGGGACCGGCUGGCGGCAAGGGGUGUGCAGGUCUGCUGGGUUGCCGUCAGCGCCUGUGGCGAUGGGGUCGGGAGGGCGGUGACGGAGCUGGGGUGGUGGUUCACCACCGCCGACGCGGUCACGUUGGGAUCGGCGGUUGCGACGCCGGGGCUUGUCUGGGGAGGUCUUGGCCUUGGGGAUGAGGAAAGUGGGAGGCGUGGGGAGGUGGUGCUGGAGAUCGCGGAUGUGGAGGGCAAGCCACUGGUUUGCAAGGGUUGUGAAGUCGAGGUGAUUGGCUCUACACCAUGGCUGUUGGGGGCUGGUAGUGUAUUCAAGAUACAUGUGAAGGCAGUGUGCGAGGUGGAUAGUUGGGAGCAGCUGAUGGCCGGGGAUGGUGAUGUUGCCAUGGUGCGUGGAUGCUUUCGGGAGGCUGGCAAAAGUGACGGUGAAGAAGCUGUGGAAAAGGAGUUCUUCCCACAGCAGAUUCUUGAGUUGGUGCUUGGUGAUGAAAAGGAUAAACUUGGGAGAGGCAAGCCGAUUUGGCAGCUUAUUCUGGUGUUUCUUCAUAGGAAGAAUUAUUGUGCGAUGGUGUCGGUUUCUGAUGGAGAUGGGAAUACUAUAGAUGGUGUCAUUGUGCCUGUCUCGAUGAACUCUGCAUUACUUCAUGUUUCGAAGAGUGGUGCUGGUUUUGGUCAGGUGGUUGCAAAGGGCCCUCAAUUGUUGGAUAGUUGCAUGUCUGAUACAUCGAAGGAGCAGAGUGCGAGGAAGAAGAAAAACAGGCUUAUCAAUAAGCUAUUUGAGGCGACAACUUGGAGCUCCUUCUGUGAUGUGCUCCUCAAACAUGCUGAUGGCAGCAUGCCAGUGGUGGACUUGGAAGACCUAUAUUUCAGCAGGUAUGGUGCCACAUCUAAAAAACUACGGUUUUUGAAAUGUUGGAUGAAACAAGUGAAACGACAGUGUCUUAGUACUUUGUCAAGCACAGUUGCAAUUACAGAAGAAGAAAAAUAUCUUUCCUCAAAAGAUGAAACAGAAGCGAAAAAUCCAUUUUCAGAAGAGGAUGCUUCAGCCCCUCUUGUCAAUUUUUCUGUGGAUGAAGUAGAUUGUGACAAGGAGGACAAACCAUUGGAUGAAAUAAAUUGCAACAAAGUAGAGAAACCAAUGUAUGUUGACACUUCAGAGUUUUCUUCUAUGGAAGAUUUAGAAGCAUUUCUUGGGAGUGUCCCUCAGAAGAUUGAGCAAAGUGUUUGUUCUGAAGAUGCAGAUUUGGGCAGUUUAGCUGGACGUUUGGUUGGCUUGUCUGUUCAUGCACUGAUGAUUAAAAAUGGAAAGAUCUCAGUGAGGUACUCUGAUCGUGGGGAAAUGGAGGACGUUUCUGAUGGAAAAAUUGCCAGUGAGGCUUCCAGUAUUCUGUUGAGGAAACCUAAAGAGCUGGUUGCAAAGUACAAAGACAGCAAUUCAGCAUGUGCUACAUCUCAGCAAACCCCAAAAUACAGCACAACUUACAAAAUCCGAGAGCAUGAACUGCAGAUAUUGCUUAGGAUGGAAAUAAUGAAGUCUGAACUUGGAACUGGAAUUGAGGAAGGCUCCAAACAGAAGAUGAUAAAAGAAAUCUGCUCCCUUUUGCAGUUUAUUGAUAUCAACCUCCAAGGGGAUUCAUUUCAGUCCAAUGGUAUUCUUGAGUUUGCCGAAAAGACUAUUAAGAUCAGGUACAUCGACUCCAUGGAAGAUGUGAUCAAGAAGAUAUACACCGAGAUGGAGUUCGAUCUCUUCGACGACGAGGUGGAAUGCUCCGAUUCCCUGCCCAGCAGCAGCAACCAUGAGGUCGAUGGGAGCAACAGCCGCGGUAGCCACCACAGGAGCAACUCCGCGCCUGACCUGCCGCGACAUGAUCACGCCAGCGGCGGAAGAAGCAGGCACGAGGAGCGGCUGGCGAAGGCGGAGGAGAGGAGGAACAGGGAGCGCAGGCUCUCCUCCUUCACCAGCUGGGUGCCCGACCUCCGCCGCGUCUGGGCGCUCAAGCACCCCGGGAAGGAGCCCCCCGUGCCGCCGCAGUCAAGGCAGGGGUCCAAGCGCAGGAAGCGGCGCCGCGCGGCGUGCACCGACAUGGUCUGCGAGACGCCGAUGACGGCGGCGGGGAAGCGGCCGCAGCCGCCGGCUCUGACCCCCGGCGGCGCGGGCUCGCUCGCGGCCGUGUCCAAGGCUCUGUUUCACGACGACGAGGCGGCGGACGUCAGCUCAAGCAGCGUGUGAGUCCUGCCAUAGCUGGAACAGCUCUGUUUCACACUGUCUGACUGCCAUGGCUCACGCUAGUACCACCACGACUUCACACACAGAAGUACAGAAAACCUCAAAGCUCACCGAAGAAGAGGGUUACUACACACACCAUGCAUCGUCUGUUGCAGUUGUCGUUUCGUCCAGGACGAGCGAUACCUGCAGCCAGACUGACGUCCACGACGCAUGAACACGAUGCAUCGUGUAUGUUGGGAAAAGCUGAGGGCAUGCUGGAAUGCUAUCAUCGUAUGGAGUAUAGAUGGCGCCUGUACCUGCAUGACGUGAAGGGUGCGAAGGGGUGCAUGGACGUAAAGAAGAGUCAUGUACCUGACCGGAUUCUUGGCCUGGAGUGUGUUUUACACCGAGGUAAAACGUGAUAGGUCAAUGUUACAAUCCUUCUUUGUUUAGGAAAAAAAACGAAUAUAUGCUACCAUGUUCUCUGUUAUACUACUUCCUACAGAAAAAUAUAUUACUCCUGUUACAUGCGUGUCUAGCAUGCGCCAA